ACCGAGACGCAGGGAGAAGAGACAUUCACGCGAAUCACAGCAGACAGGCGACCGUCGCUGUCGUCGUCGACUCCUACGUCGGGAAGACAUCACGUCCUCUCGGGUUCGAUCCACGUAUCAGUGUCGCCGCGACCUACGACGGUUCUCUUUCUCUCGCGUACACCCUUCGCGAAUUCGCGAAUUCGCCCGUCGGUAUCCCUUUGCCCUUCUCCUCUGCCCCACCACUCUUCGUUCCGUCUUUCUCCUCUUUGCACGCGCCACGGUACACCAAGAAGACGAGGCGGGUCGGGCGGAGCGGCUCCAACCUUAGACGAGGAGUCAGACCGUUGGGAGACAGGCUGUCUUCGAUUCGCGCUACGGGUUUCUUCGACGGACAAGAUACGUUGCUCUUGCUGCGGCAUCGCGCUUUCCGUGGAAGGAGAAGCCUUCCCGGAUACUUGCCUCGCUGAUCGGAAAGUUGAAACAGGGCAACCGUGCCACGUAACAAGUAAUGAGUACCACGGAUCCUACCGGCGAGGGCGGAGGGGGAGGGGAGACGGCUGCAAUAUCAUCGACGAAUAUCGAGCAAAAUAUAUCUCCGAUUACACCGGUGACCGGCAGCGCAAUGCCACCGGGCUCUCAACAGCAACAUCCACCGCCAUCGCCUCUGAGUGGCUGUUACCUUCUCGUUGUGCUUCCAGAGCCUCAUACCGCGCAACAUAAAGAUCUCAUCUUGAACCGCCUCUCGAAAGGUUUCCUGUCAUGGGACAAAGACAGUUGCCACGUAGAUUUAGAAAAAGAGUUGCUGGCGCUGGUGGCGCAAGCACCGGAAGGAGAAGAAGCUCGGAACGGCGAACGACUGAUCCAAUACGCUACCGAGAAUCUUGUUACGGAAGUUCUCAUUCACCCGCAAACAAACACAUUAUUACAAUGUAUCCGCAACCUUCUCGCGAGUUUCACGAAACAUCGACACAUCAUACACGCCGGCUAUACCUUCGGUGGAAAUGGUUCCUGGAUACUGCAAGAUGGAACCUUCAGCAUCGCCGACUUUUUGGACGCGUUCAGCGAACACGAAGUGCAGAGAGUGCUUCGGGCUUACGAGAACAGCGUUACGGUGGACAUUCAUUGCGCGGGUGUUGGCGAUUGGACGACAAACCGGCUGUCGAAAGAAGUUUGCACCAGGUCCUGCAGAGUCCGAGUAAAUCCCGAUGACGUUCUCACCGCCGGGGUACCGGCGAUCGCGAGCUUCACCAACUACAUCGGGCAGUACCUCGUCGCUCAAACUCUGGAUCAGCUCAUGGAGCCAUCCGACGUUGUGGGCAACAUCCGAUUCAGUCAUCCAACGUUAUACGUCUUCCCGGGCGGACAAGGGGACGCCGCCCUUUUCGGCAUAAACGGUUUUAAUAUGCUCGUGGACGGAGGUUUUGCAAGAAAGGCUUGUUUCUGGGACUUCACCAGGCACUUGGACCGCCUCGACGCGGUUUUAGUCACUAGAAUAAAUAACAGCAACGUUGGAGGCAUGGUCAGCGUUGUUCGUAAAAAGAAGGAGAUGCACGUUUAUCCUCAGAUCGGCCACUUCUUCUGCAAUCUAGUCGAGAGAAGGCAAUCCAAUUCACCGGACGGCGACAAAGACAUCGACCCCUUAAUUCUGAACCUCACCGACAUAGGACAGGAGAUGGUCGCGAAUCUUCGGCACAUUAAUCUGCGAGCGCAUCCGUGCUACAGGGAUCCCGAUCCGAUUAAUUUGUACCACAAAGUGGGCCACGGCACCCUGGACAUGUACGUUCUCAGCCCGAACAAAGACAGCCGCGAAGUGAGAGAAUUUCUAGCGAAAUGGCACUCGUGCGACUCGAAAUUGUUCGCGGGAUCUCACAAGAAGGACUCGAACAAUCCAACGUUCCCAAUACAAAACCUGGUCUCGAUAUGCGUUCUUUUGGUGUGGCAACCGGCCAACCCCGAGGACACCAUUACGAGGAUCCUGUUUCCCGGAAGUACGCCUCAGCACAAGAUCUUCGAAGGUUUCGAACGGCUGAAGCACUUGGAGUUCCUGAAGCACCCGGUCUGUUCCGCGAAGAGCCUCUCCCCGUCCACGUCCUUGGCGACACUGCGGGACAAACCGGCCAAGCAAAAGUUGAGCCUGAUCGACAAGGAGCCGACGAAGAAGCUGUCGGACGCGAAGAAGGAGAAGAAAGACGCGGCCGACGUGAAGGCAGUGAAAGGUGGCGACGACUCGCAUCCGAAAAGCAUAAUGCAGAGCGCGCCGAUCAUACCUACCAAACCGCAGCCGGCUAAGAUCGAGGUGAAAGCCAAGAAGGCUGCGGAGAACAGAAAGAUCGAAGUGGAGGGAAAGGAAGCGAAGGAGAGCAAGAAAAUCGAGAAGGAAUUGAGGGAGGUCAAGAAGGAGGUUCCUAGGAGAGACGCCGGGAAAUUGGAGAAACAUGCAGCGGAGAAGCAGACGGAGAAGCCGGACAAGAUGGACGAGAAAGGCGAGAAACGCGAGGAGGAUGGCGUUAGAAAGGAACCAACGACGAAAUCGGAGUCGGAGAAGCUCCCGCCGAAGAUAAAGAGCGAGUCGAAGAAGAAAGAGUCGAAGGAAGCGAAAGUGGGGGUUAAGAUCGGUAAAACCGAGGCGACGCUUAAACCGAAACCAUCCGACAAGAAGCCGAAACAGUCGACGGACAGGAAGGACACCGGUCUCGUGAAGUCGUCGCCGACCACGCCGAAGAAAACCGUGAACGGAGUCGCGACCAAGACGGAGAUAUCGAAAGUGAGCGUGCCGAGGAAGCCGUCCACAGGCCUCAAGACCACGACAGCGCCACCGCCGGCGAAGAGCGCGAAAGAUGCGAACAAUAGGAAGGUCGUGGAACAGAAGAACAUCGAGAAAUCCGGAAUAAAAGAGACGGCAGUCGCCGCGGUUAAGGUGUCGGCGAAGCCGAAACUGAUGGACCGCAAGCCGAUAGCUCGCCGAGGUAAACCUGUCAGCCCUAGCAAAGCUCGCGUGCCGGGCAGUCCCGCGAAAUCGACGCGAAGCACGCCGACCACUUCCGUGAAAUCCGACAAGGACGGUGUAAUUCGCAAAGCGAAGGGCGACAAGGGCACCACCGACUCGUCCACGGUGUCCACGCCGUCCGGAAUCGAACCGGAAACGGCGGCCGCCGCCGCUGCCGCGGAGGCCGAAGCAGCAAGGCUCGCCGACAAGAGCCUGAUCGAGAAGUCGGAGGACAUUUCGUUGGAUUCCAUCGAGAGCAAAGUUCUCGCUGACCUGAAGGAAGAGCGAGAGGUCGUCGAAGAGAUCGAGGCUGUACUUCAGAAAGCGGAGAGGAUAGAGGAAACGAGAAAAGACGAUCGCUUCGAGGGCGACGACGAGAUCACCGCGGAAGUGACCGACAAGAAAGAGGAGGACAUCACGGAGGAGGACGUGACCGCCGAGAUCGAGGACGCGCCAAAGAAGGAUAGUUUGAGAAAGGGAAGCCAGGAGCUGACCGAAGAGGACGAGUACCUGAUCGUCGAGAAGGAAGAGGUUUACACGGAGGAUUCAGUUCAGAGCGGCGAGGGCGAGCAGAAGCACGUUCUCGACGAGGCGGAAUCCGAGAAGGCGAAGAUACUGAAGGACGCGGAACUGGCGAAGGAAAAAGCUCUCGAUGAAGGUGAGGAAGAGGAAGAGGAGGAGGAAGAAGAGGAAGAAGAAGGCGAGGAAGAAGAAGAGAUCGAGGAGAAAGAAAAGGACGAAAGCGCGGAGAAAAGGACGUCCAUAGACCUCAAAGCGGAAAUGGUAUCGAAGAUCGAGAAGGAGCCAUCGCCAGAAAUAACCUCACCGGAUCAACGAGAAAAAUUAGAAGAAGAAACGAAAGAAACAGUCGUAUCCCCAGCGGAGAGCACGCCGAAGCCCGAAGAGAAGGAUGACUCCGGUAAAAAGGACAGCGAAGACAUCACAAAAGAACCGUCUAGCUUGAGUCCGGACAAGCUGGAUUCCUCCGAGAAGAAAACCACGGACACCGAUCUGAAGCCAGAAGUCGACCAAAAGGAGCAAGUACCUUCUCAGAAGUUGGAGGAAUCGCAGGAACGAAUCUCGACGAUAGAAUCCGGCGCCACGACGACGGCGCCGACGCUUCCGGAAGAUGAGCGAAUACCUCUCGACGAGAUCAAGGAGGACAUCGAUGAGAAACACAUAAUCGAGGAUGUUAAGGAGAAAGACGUGCCACCGGCGAAAAUCAAAGAAGAGGCUCCCGCCGACGUCGGCGUCGCUCCCGUCGACGUCGUCGCCCCGCGAGUUUCCCCUCCCGCCGUCGCGAAACCCGACGUACCCAUUUUCGAAGUCCGGCAAGCCGUUCAGGGCUUGCAGCGCGACAUCGUGAAAACUCCGGACGAGGUCGCCGAUUUACCCGUCCACGAAGAGGUGGACCCGAAAUUAUACAGAAUGGAGGACUUCGAGAAGGACAAGGACGAGAAACCUACGCCGCAAGCCAAAGAACCACCGACACCUCCGAUCAAAGAACAAAAAGGCGUGUUCAGCUUCUUCGGCAAGGUCGCAGAUAAAUUCGAGAAGGGUAUAGACAAGCUGACCAAGAAGUCGAAGAAGGACCCGGAGAAGGACGCCGACGACAAGUCGUCUUCCAAGUCUAGCUCGCCGAAGGAGGCGAAGCCGCACGAGAAAACUCUCCUCGAGGACGUCGACAUGGACAAAAUGUUCCCGAAAGUGGUCAAGCCUAGCGAGAAAAUGGAAACUCCCGGUGAAAUACAGCGAAAGGUUAGCGACGUGAAGUCUGUUGAUAUCAAAGAAACCGUUGCGUUCCUGCAGAGCGAGAUCAAGGAAGCGGGAGUGCCUGCCGCGACGGGAAUUGUUAAAGAUGCGGUGGUUGAUAUCGUCGAUAAAGUUACAUCAGUCGAUAAACCGGUCGAUAAACCGGUCGAUAAACCGGUCGAUAAAGCAGAGCCCGCUGCCAAGGCUGAGACUGUACCAGCGGAGCUUGAGAAAAAAGAAGAGCCGGUGACGAAGGACGAUGUUCCGACUAAAGAAGAAGAGGUUAAAAAGGACACAAAGGAAGAAAAGGGAGACACCUCUCAAGUUUCAAAGAAACCCUCGAAGAGGACCAAGGAAGGUUCCAGAGAUUCCCUCGAGUCCUUAGAAGACGAGCUCGCCGGGGCAUCUCGUGGUGCGGCACCCGUCAAGGACGUCGUCAGGGACACCCUCGACGGCGUGGUCGAGAAAUUAGAAGAGAUGCAGCCGCAAAGCGAGACUACCUCCCCGGUCACUAAAGAAACGGAGAGAGCGAAGUUCGAUGUUCAGAGGGACGAGGACAUCGAAGCGGAUUACGAGGAAGAAGAAGAAGAGGAAGUCACCGGCGCCGUGAGAGAUUUUAAAGAGGCAGUGCGCGACGUGGGUGAGGUCCUCGCGGGAACGGUUGGCAUCGAUAUAGACAAACCUAAAGACGUGACGGAGAUCGUGAAGAAAGUCGCCGAAGUUUUGAAAGAGGACGAUUUCCUUUCGCACAAGGCACUGUUCGGCGAGGCACCGGUCGAGCGAAAGGAAGCGGUACCGAUCGCAAAGUCCCCAGUUCUCGAGGACGCGAAGCGCGACGAGAAGGUCGCCGUAAUGCCGACCAAAGUCGGCAUCACCGAGGAGUUCCCCCAGCAAGAAGAAGUCGAGGAGCUCAUCGAAGGAACCGCGGCGUCCGUCCCGAUUCCGAUCCCGGCCUACAAACCCGACGCGAUGCGAGUGCACGAGGAGCCUUGCGUGAAAGUGACCAAAAAGACCGAAGCGUCUCCGAUGGCGUCUCCGAUCGCAUCCCCGAAGGACGAUCGCGAUGUAAAGGACAUCUGCGCGGAACUGUUGAAAGAAGAUCCGGUCUGUAAAUUGAAGCCAGCGGAGGAGCCUUCGAAGGAGGUUGACGUGAUGAAGGCUGGAUUGGAGGACGUGUGCGUGAAGGAAGUCGCGAAGACGCCGUUGUCUGACGAGGAGAAGAUCCCGGAAGGAACAGAGGAGCCCAUAGGCUUCGAUCAGAAGAUCGCGCCGGCGAAGGCGGAAAUCGUGACGGUUUCGCCCGGCUCCACGCCGACGUCGCCGAAAUUUGUAACCGAUAAACUCUACGAGAGCAAAGAACCCGCUGCCGAGCUGUCCGCUGAGAUAAAAGCCAUCGUGGACAGAGUGGACCGCGUGGUGGAAGAGAUCAUCGAGGAACUCGUUACGAAAAGAAAGAAGAUCACCAUCGAAAUCAUCGAGUACAUCACGACGGUCAAGCGCGUCCCGAGGGAGCGCGUUAUUUACAUCAUCGAAGAGAUUAUUGUGAGGAAAGGGCUGUCCCGAGAGGACGUCGUCGAUAAUGUGGAGAUAUUUAAAGUCGAGGAAUCCAUUACGCCUCAGCUGCGAACGGAACUGGAGGAGUAUAUCAUUAAUGAAUACGUGACCAAAGGAAAGCGCAUCACCAUUCGAAUAGUCGAGGAGAUCUCCGUUAGAAUGAUGGUUCCGAAAACGAUUAUUAUUCGAAUUAUUCAAGAAAUUAUUCUCAAGAAGCACAUGUACGUACCUACGGACGGGAUAUUCGAAGCCGAGUCGGGGCUAGUGGAGGAUAAACGAGAGGAAACGGUGUCGAAAGUGGACUCCAAGAAAAUGGAGGAGAAAUUACCCGAAGCGGCAGAACCCGAAGAGCAUCCAGAAGAAGAGGACAUCGAAGAGGACGUCGAAGAGGACGUCGAAGAGGACGGCUUUGUCACAAUUAGUAGAAAGGUUUCGAAAGAAACGAUCGACGCUAAGAAGAAAGCGGCUGUCGAUAAAGCGGAAGAAGCGAAACGAGGCACCGGAAAGGAACACGAGAAAGACGUCACCGAUGAUUUCGAGGCUGUCGAGCAAGAAUACAAAGUACACGACGUGACAAUGUCCUCUUCCCAAAGAGCGUCGCGAGGCGCCUCCCCGGAUUGGGAUGAAAACAAGGAGAACGAGUACGCGGAAGAAGCCAUCGAAGACAGAAACGUCUUGGGAACGGACGCGUCUAGAUUGAUGGACGCUAUCGAAAAGCACGCAGUACCGGACGCGAAACCUUCCGCGGUCGCUGAAAUCGCCGCGACGAGAAAAGAAUCCGUGGAACAGAUUACGAAAGUGCUCGAAGAAGCGAAAGAGAAACCGUCGGAUGUUAAACCAACGUCCCCUGAGAAAGUAGAUAAAGCUGAGGUCGCUGGAGUCGUAGAAGAGAAAUCUAAGGAAGAAGCAAAAGAGGAGAAGCCUAAAGAGGAAGCACCGACGAAACCGGAAGUGAAACUAGCGGAUGCUACGGGGAGGCCAGCCGAACCGAAACCAGAAUUAAUCGGUCACCCCGAGAAAGAGGACCGAGAGAAGGAAGAGGAAGAUAAGACAGCCGACGAGAAGGAUUCGAAAGAGGCAGUCUCUGUUCGAGAAGAAAAAGGUACGGAAUCUUCCAAGGAAGUGUCGGUCAUCGUCGAAGUGGCGCCGAGGAUGGAGGAGGACACGGGAUCCGUGCGACGAAUGUUGGUCACAGCGAGCAGCGAGGACGGCGGCCACGAGACGGAAAUUUGCCCAACCGGAAGUAUCACGUUCACCAAGACGCUUACACCCGACGAUUCCCUCAAAGACGCGUCUAUAAAGUCGACGCCUGAUAAGGAUUCCUUGCUUCUAGACAAAGACUCGUUGCAUUCCGGCAUAAGUAGUCCGGAGAAGGAUAGCAUCUCCGAGAAAUCCGCACCCGGAAUAAAGGAUGUCGGGAAAGUUACGCCCGAGGACAGCUUGGACAAGUCGCCGAUAGACAGGCGCGAUUCCCAGGAUCUCGAAGAUAGUCUCGAGAAGAUGGCCGCUGGCAAGUCGAAGGAAGCUUCUCCAGAAGCGCCAAAGUCCCCGCAACAAGCGGACCGAGUCGAACCUCCUAGCGAAAUGCCUGCUAAAACGUCGGUAAAGGAGGCACCUCUAGACGCGUUUACCGACGCGGAAACUUCCCAGACAGCCCUGGAAUCGAUAACGGCGUCCAAGUCCCCCGACUCGGCUCACUCGGGAGACGUUUCGCCGGCCGAAACUAUUCUCGCGAAGUCGCCGACAGAGAAGGACCUUCCGAAAACCUCCGUCGCGGCGAAACUCGAUAAAGAAGUGAUACCGACUGAAAUAAAAGAAACUACCGUGAAAGACACGGGUAAGAUUGAAUCCCCGAGCGAUAAAGAACAGGAAAAAGAAACGAUAACGACUGAAAUGAAAGAAAUUGCUGUCGAGGAUACGGGGAAGAUUAAAUCUCCGAGCGAUAAAGAACAGGAAAAAGAGAUCGAAGGUAAGUCACGCGAGAAGACUCCGGAGUUACCGACGAAAGAGGAGAAGGAAACGGGUGAGAUCGCGAAGCGUCCUAGUAUCGACACUACAGAAGACAAGAAAUCCGUGGCUAGGUCUAAGUCACCCAGUCCUUCUGAUGAUAAAAUAGAGGAGAAGAAAUCUGUAGAAUUGCCUGCGGGUGAAGAAGAAUCCGAUCGGGAGAAACCGACCGAAGGCUCGCGGCCACCUAGCGUCGAAAAGGAAUCGGUCGAUAAAGUCGACUCACCGACCGUCGCAGACAAAUCGCGAUCACUCAGUAUAACGAGCGUCCACGAAGAGGUCAAGGACUCGGUGCACGCUUCGAAAUCCCCGAGUAUCGCCGGGGAGAAAGCCGAUUUGAAAGACGUCGACGAAAAGGCGAUUGACAAAUCGCGAUCGCCCAGCGUUCCGAUCGAUUCCAAGGAGUCGGAUCGCUCGAAAUCGUCGAGCAUCGCGAGCGAGAAAGACCUCGGAGACGUCACGCAGGCACCGGAUAAAUCGAGAUCGCCCAGCGUAGCGAGCAUUCCGGUCGAUUCCAAAGCCUCGAGCGUUACUACCGAGAAACCCGAUUUAAAGGAUAUUGAUGAUAAGGCGGACGAUAAAGCGGUUGAUAAGUCUCGAUCGCCUAGCGUAGCGAGUGUGGCCAGCGACGUGAAAGAGACAAAGGAUCUGAAAGGCGCUGUAGAGAAAGAAUUGGAGAAAUCCAGAUCGCCUAGCUUGACGAUGGCCGACGGUUCGAAGUCUCCGAGCAUCGCCGGAGAAAAAAUCGACGUCACGGAUAUUGAGCGAUUGAUCGACGCGACGGAAUCGGUUACCGACGACGAAAAGUUAAUCGUUCGCGGGAAACGGGACCUGCGAGACGUCGAAGAGAAAGCAGACGAUAAAUCUAGAUCGCCCAGUCUGACUACUGGUUUGCCUGACGAGUCCGCGGACGUAGCUGAUCGGUCGAAAACACCGAGCGAGAAAGAGUUAUCUGACAAAUCAAAGUCGCCAAGCAUUGCCCGCGAACUCUCCGAUUUAAAGGACGUCGACGAAAAAGGAACAGAAAAGUCCAGGUCGGCUAGCGCGAGUCCCGGCGUGGAGGACAAAGGAAUUCCGGACCAUUCGAAAUCGCCGAGCAUUGCAGGCGAGGUAAUCGACUCGAAACAUCUCGAUGAAAAAGGGAUUGAAAAAUCGAGAUCCCCUAGCGUGGCGAGUGUCGCAGGCGAGCCUAAGACCGUGGAUCGUUCGAAAUCUCCCAGCGUCGUUAGCGAACUAUUAGAUUUGAAAUAUGAGGAUAAGGAGAGCGAUAAAGUUAGCUCUCCUAGCGCGAUCGGCGCUCCAGGGGAGCUUAAAGGAGUAACCGAUCGUGAACGAUCGCCUAGCGAGAAGUCCGAGUCUAAGGAUGUCGACGAGACGGUAGACGAGCCUAAAUCACCCGGAGCGGAGAUUCCGAAGACACCCAGUACCACGCCUGAAAAGCCCGAGGUUAAAGACAUCGGUGAGAAAACAGACAAGUCUAGAUCGCCUAGUGUAAUGGAAUCUCCCGAGGAAUCCAAAGAUGCGAAGGAUCGUUCCAAGUCUCCCAGUAUCGCCGACGAAAAAGUCGAUUCGAAGGACGUCCACGAGGUGACGGUAGAAAAAUCUAGGUCGCCUAGUGUAAUAAGCGUUCCUGGGGACACGAAAGAAACGACGGAUCGAUCCAAGUCACCGAGCAUUGCUGGAGAAAUAACUGAUUCGAAGGAUGUCGAAAAAUCCAGAUCGCCUAGCAUCGCUGGAGAAAAGCCUGAUCUGAAGGACAUCGAUGAAAAAGAUAUUGAAAAGUCGAUUGAGAAAUCUAGGUCGCCUAGCGUUACUGGAGAAUUGAAAGAAGCAGACCGAUCGAAAACGCCGAGCGUCGCUAGUGAGAAGCCUGAUUUGAAGGACGUCGAUGAAAUUGAGAAAUCUAGAUCGCCUAGCGUUACUGGAGAAUUGAAAGAAGCAGACCGAUCGAAAACGCCGAGCGUCGCUAGUGAGAAGCCUGAUUUGAAGGACGUCGAUGAAAAAUCGGUUGAAAAAUCUAGAUCGCCUAGCGUUACUGGAGAACCAACAGUAACAGAUUUAUCGAAACCAUCGAGUGUCGCUAGUGAAAAGCCUGAUCUGAAGGACGUCGAUGAAAAAUCGGUUGAAAAAUCUAGAUCGCCUAGCGUUACUGGAGAACCAACAGUAACAGAUUUAUCGAAACCAUCGAGCGUCGCUAGCGAAAAGCCUGAUCUGAAGGACGUCGAUGAAAAAUCGGUUGAGAAAUCUGUUGAGAAAUCAAGAUCACCUAGCGUUACUGGAGAACCAACAGUAACAGACCUAUCGAAACCAUCGAGCGUCGCUAGCGAAAAGCCUGAUUUGAAGGACGUCGACGAAAAAUUGGUAGAAAAAUCUAGAUCACCAAGCGUCGCAAGCACGAUCGCCGAACCGGAAGAACCGAAGGAUCGUUCCAAGUCGCCUAGCGUCGCCCUGGAAAAAUCUGAAGAAAUCGACGAAAAAUCAAUUCGCGAAAGUAAAUCGCUCAGCGCGGUGAGCUCUCCCAUCGACGCGAAAGAAACCAUACAGCAUUCUCGAUCGCCGAGUAUCGCCGGCGAUAAGUCCGAUUUAGAAGCCGUCGAUGAGAAGACGUUUGAUAAAUCUAGGUCACCGAGUGUCGCUGGCGAAAAGACUGAUUCGAAGGAGACGGAGAAAUCUAGAUCGCCAAGCGAACCCGAGGAAAAAGCGAUCGAUAAAUCUAGAUCGCCGAGUACGACGAGCUCUCCUGCCGAGGCCAAGGAAGCAACGGAUCGUUCGAGAUCGCCGAGCAUCGCUGGCGAAAAGCACGACGAAAAGGAGAUCGAGAAAUCCAGAUCGCCGAGCGUAUCAGCGGAGACCAAAGAAAGCAUCGAUCGCUCGAAAUCACCGAGCGUCGCCGGUGGAAUUGGCGAAUUGAAAGACGACGAAAAGGCGAUCGACAAGUCGAAAUCGCCUAGCGUGGCAAGCUCUCCGGAUGAAACAAAAGGAACUAUGGAUCAUCCCAAGUCGCCGAGUCUUGCUGGGGAGAAGAUCGACGCGAAAGAUGUUGAAGAAAAAGGGGUUGAGAAAUCUAGAUCGCCGAGCAUUGCUGGUGAAAUUGCCGAUCUGAAAGACGUUGAUGAAAAAGCAACCGCGAAGUCGAAAUCGCCAAGCAUUGCUAGUGAGAAGCCUGAUACGAAAGAUGUCGACGAGAAGGAGAUCGAUAAAUCUAGAUCGCCAAGCAUUGCUGGUGAAAUUGCCGAUCUGAAGGACGUCGACGAAAAGGCGAUCGACAAGUCGAAAUCGCCAAGCGUCGCUAGUGAGAAGCCUGAUACGAAAGAUGUCGACGAGAAGGAGAUCGAUAAAUCUAGAUCGCCGAGUGUUGCGAGCGUUGCUGGCGAAACGAAAGACGUUUCGGAUCAUUCUAAAUCCCCAAGCGUCGCUAGCGAGAAACACGACUUGAAGGAAGUUGACGAGAAGACUAUUGAUAAAUCGAGAAGCCCGAGUUUGAUGAGUCCGACCGGCGGGAAGCCCGACUUGAAGGAAGUUGGCGAGAAGACUAUUGAUAAAUCUAGGUCACCUAGUUUGAUAAGUCCGAUCGGCGGGAAACCUGACUUGAAAGAAGUAGAAGAGAAGGCUAUUGAUAAAUCGAGAAGCCCGAGUUUGAUAAGUCCGACCGGCGGGAAACCCGACUUGAAGGAUGUUGACGAGAAGACUAUUGAUAAAUCUAGGUCCCCGAGCGUGGCCGGCAUAACUAUUGAAAAACCUGACCCAAAGGUCGUCGAUGAAAAAGCAAGCGACAAGUCGAAAUCGGCUAGCGCAACUAGCUCUCCGGGCGAAACUAAAGAAACGAUGGAUCAUUCGAAGUCGCCGAGCCUCGCUGGCGAAAAGAUCGAUGUAAAAGAUGUCGAAGAGAAAGAGGUAGAGAAAUCCAGAUCGCCGAGCAUGGCUAGCGAGAAGCCCGAUAUGAAAGACGUGGAUGAGAAGGAGACCGGAAAAUCUAGGUCGCCGAGCGUAGCCGGUGAACCAAAAGAAUCCAUGGAUCACGCAAAAUCUACGAUCAUUAGUGACGAAAAGUCUGACAUGAAAGAUGCAGAGGACAAGACGAUCCAGAAAUCGAGGUCGCCCAGCUUGACGAUCGCGUCUGAUCGUUCCAAGUCGCCGAGUCCCGAAGAGAAACUCGAUUCGAAGGAUGUGGACGAGAAAGCGAUCGACAAGUCUAGAUCGCCUAGCGUGACGAGCUCGAUCGGCGAAUCGAAAGACGCAAAAGAUCGUUCGAAAUCUCCUAGCGUCGUCGGUGAGAAGCCUGAUUCGAAAGAUGCCGAUUCGAAGGAUGUCGAGGAGGAGGUAAUUGCAAAAUCUAGAUCAUCUAGCGUGAUAAGUGUUCAUGGAGACGCGAAGGAAACAACGGAUCGAUCGAAAUCCCCGAACACUACUACCGAAAAGCCUGACUUGAAAGAUGUCGAAAUUGUUGACAAAUCCAGAUCGCCUAGCGUAGUUAGCCCUGGGGAAUCUAAAGGAGUCCUGGAUCAUUCGAAAUCGCCCAGCAUUGCCGGAGAAAAGUCUGAUACUAAGGAUGUCGAGGAGAUAGUUGGAAAAUCUAGAUCAUCUAGCGUGAUAAGCGUUCCUGGAGACGCGAAAUCACCGAGCACUACUACCGAAAAGCCCGACUUGAAAGAUGUCGAAAUAAUUGACAAAUCCAGAUCGCCUAGCGUAGUUAGUCCUGGCGAGUCUAAAAGAGUCCUGGAUCACUCGAAAUCGCCCAGCAUCACUACCGAGAAACCGGAUUUAAAGGAUGUCGAUGAGAAGGCAGGUGAAAAAUCCAGAUCUCCUAGCGUCACGAGUUCUAUUGCUGUAGCAAAGUCCGAUUCACCGGAUGUCGAUGAGAAGGCAGGUGAAAAAUCUAGGUCACCUAGCGUGACAUCCGCUCCUAUGGAUCAUUCGAAAUCGCCCAGCAUCACUACCGAAAAACCGGAUUUAAAGGAUGUCGAGGAGAAGGCAGGUGAAAAAUCCAGAUCUCCUAGUGACACAAGUCCUAUUGCUGUAGGAAAGUCUGAUUCACCGGAGGUCGAUGAGAAGGUAGGUGACAAAUCUAGAUCGCCUAGCGUCACAUCCGCUCCUAUGGAUCAUUCCAAGUCACCCAGCAUCACUACCGACAAACCCGACGUAAAGGAUGUUGACAAGUCCAGAUCUCCUAGCAUCGCGAGUCCUGUUGCUACAGAAAAGUCUGAUUCACCGGACGACAAAAUAAGUGAAAAAUCUAGAUCACCUAGCGUGACAUCCGCUCCUAUGGAUCAUGCCAAGUCACCCAGCAUCACUACCGACAAACCCGACCUAAAGGAUGUUGACAAGUCCAGAUCUCCUAGCAUCGCGAGUCCUGUUGCUGCAGAAAAGUCUGAUUCACCGGACGACAAAAUAAGUGAAAAGUCUAGAUCACCUAGCGUGGCUCCUGUGGAUCAUUCCAAGCCACCCAGUAUCACUACCGAGAAACCGGAUUUAAAGGAUGUUGACGAUAAAGCGAUUGACAAAUCUAGAUCUCCAAGCAUCGCGAGUCCUUCCGCUGUAGGAAAGUCUGAUUCGCCCGACGACAAGACAUUUGAUAAAUCUAGAUCUCCCAGCGUGACAAGUAUCUCUGGAGAGCCCAAAGAAGCACCGGAUCAUUCCAAGCCACCCAGCACUACCACCGAGAAACCCGACCUAAAGGACAUCGACGAUAAAGCAGUUGACAAAUCCAGAUCUCCUAGCAUCGCGAGUCCUGUUUCUACAGAAAAGUCUGGUUCGCCUGACUACAAAGUUGAAAAAUCUAGAUCUCCUAGCGUGACCGCUCCUGUGGAUCGUUCCAAGUCGCCCAGCGUCACCCCCGAGAGACCCGACUCGAAGGACGUCGACGAUAAAGCGACCGACAAGUCUCGAUCCGCCAGCGUAAUUAGCAUUCCCGCCGUUUCCGAAGGGACGAUGGAUCACUCGAAGUUUGUGAGUAUCUCCGACGAAAUGCUCGGUCUAAAGGACCUCGAUGAAAAGGUCCUCGACAAGUCGAGAUCGCCGAGUGCGACGAGCGUUUCCAGCGACUUCAAGGACGCCACGGAUCGUUCCAAGUCUCCUAGCGUUCGCGACGACGAGGUCGAUCUAAAAGACGUCGACGCGAAGGAGGAUAAAUCGAAAUCACCUACCGACGCGAAACCUAGCGACGCGAAAGAGUCCAAAGUGCCUACCGAUCGAUUCGCGUCCACCGAUCCUAAAGAAGCUGCGGAAGGAAGAUCCGAAACGCUCAAGGAAUCUCCUGAUAAAUCGCAGGAUGAUACCAAGCUACCAAGCUCCCCGGUCGGAGAGCAGACACCUAAAGACAGAUCUCGAUCGCAGAGCGUCCAAUAUACCGGAGAUAAGACGCCCUUGGCCAGGUCUAGAACUGCGAGUAUAUACCAAGAAAAGACAUCUGCUACAGAGACUGACGUGGUUCGAGAGGAAGCGGAGUCCUUCGCCCAUAUGGACCCAAGGAAAUCCUUCGACGAGAAGAAAACUCCUGACUGGUCGUUCAAGGACUCUACCGGGAUCGGCAUUGCCGCCACAAAAGUGAUUGAAAAAGAGCUGGGAAUUAUCGGCAGCACGGACGAAGGCGACGCUACCGGUUUCGGUACCAGAAAGGACAUCGAUCGGGACGACGAACGAGAGGAGGACAUCGUCAGAGUGACUGCUGAGAAACAAGCUGAUAUCGAGAAGUAUAUCUUGGAGGAGUACAUACGAAAGAGAAGGAAGAUCACGACGAGCGUGAUAGAAGAAAUAGUUAUGAUUUAUUCUGUCCCAGAGUUCGUGGUGACGGAUAUCAUAGACACGGUUACUUCAAGGGAAAACGUACGCAGAGAAUCGAUACUAGAUUUCGAUGUACAAAAACAACCUGCGAAAGACACGAAAAUACCCGCGAUCGAUCCCAGGGAACUAUCCAACGUCGAAAAUUAUAUAACGCAUGAAUUCGUCGCGAAAGGUACGAAAAUUACGAUGGCCAUUUUCGAUGAAAUUUCGAGAGCGAGGAACGUACCGCGAGCGAUUCUCAGGACCAUCAUCGAGGAGAUCGUCGCGAAGAGGAAGCUCGAGAGGAGUUGGGUGAUGGACAGCGAGGUGGAGAAACUGGAAGAGGAGAAGCCAACGCCGAAAGGUUUCCUCGAGCUUCGGUACAGAGAGAAGAGAGGCGAUUCGAGGAGUCCUAGCUUGUGUUCCGAGAAAUCCACCCUGGACAGUCCCGCUCGCUCCGAGCCGCACAUCGACGAGGAAAUUUCGAUAUCCGAAGAAAAGAGAUCGGAGAUCGAGAGACUCCUAGAAGAAGACUACAUAAAGAAAGCGAAGAGAAUCACGGAGGAGAUCUUGGAGGAAGUGAUCGUUAGGACGCGUUUGCCCCGGUACAUCAUUUUGGAGAUAAUAGAGGAAGUGAUCGUGAAGAAGAAACUCUCGAGAGAUCUCGUGAUCGACGCGGAGAUCUAUCAAGACGGAGCCGACGAGAGUUAUGAAAAGGACGAUUACAGAUACGAGAAGUCGCCGGAGCCUCGUUUCGAGCUCGCCGACGACGGAACGAAGUCGUCGUACGGUUACAAAGAGUACAAGAGUACAACCGAGUACUCGGAAGGCCGCGAUAAAGAGACGUCGAUUUCCGAUUACCCGGUGAGUUACGAGAGCCAGUUCCACAAAGCGUUCCUAGCAGGAAUGACGGAGAUACGCACGACUCACAUCACGACGCUUUCGGGGAAAUCGACGCCGGACGUGACCCGGGACGGGACGCCGGACUCGACUUCCGAACCCACAGCUUCCACAGUCGAGAAAGCCGAAGAUAAAUUCGCGGAAAGUAAAUCGUCCGACAAAAUCCCCACAGUAACACAGAAACCUACCGCGUCCCCUACAGAACAGCCGAAAUCAACGCAAAUAGUCACCGUAUUGAAGGAGAGCAAGAUCGGAGAAACGGAAGUCUCGGACAAAGCCGGGAAGUUAACGGAGUCGGACGUCAGAGCAGACUCCGACGAAGAAUUCCACGACAAAGUAAUCGUGGUUAAAAAGAUCGUGAAGCGGGAAGUGGUGGACCAACAAGAGCCCGAAAUUAUUUCGGAGACCGUGACCAAACGAGAGAUUCCAGCCGAAGGCGAUCCCGAAACGAUUCGAAAAAUUAUAAAGCGAGAGAUCAUCGAGCAGGACGAUCCGGUGGUGAUCACGAAGGUGAUCAAACGCGAAAUCGUCGUCUCCGAUGACGAAAUCGGGGAUAAGGACGCGGAAAGAAUAAGAGGAACCGCGACCGAGGUUCCGGAAACGAUCGAAACGAUAACUAAGACGAAGAAAAUUGUGAUUACCGAAGAGACGUCUGGCGACAAGUCAAGUUCGUCGAGCACGGACGCAAAAGUAACAAGUGGAGUGACUCUCGCAAAGGAAUCUAUCAAGGAAAGCGAGAAAUCGAAGCAAGAGGAAGGAACCGAAGACUCGAAGCAGAAGGACAAGUGCCCGAUGUCCCCUCUCGUACGCGACAUCGUCUCCGACAUCGCCAGUGGUAGCGGUCAAUCCUACGGCUCCGGAAGGUCCACGCCCGACAGAAGGUCCGAAGGCAGAUCCUUGACCGGAACGCCGGAAGGUUUCCGAUCGGGCGAAGUAAUCAGAACCAUCAUCACCACGACGAAAACGGUUUCGGACGACGGCGAGAUCGUGACGACGACCAAAGAGGUCACGGAGACGACGAACGAGAAAGGCGAGACGGUGAUUCUAACGGAGAAGAUGGACGUUAAAGUAGACGAGUACCUGCCUAGCAAAGACGCGGCGGAAUCCGCGAUCAGCAGUAUCAUCGGUAGCAUCAAGUCGUCCGAGGGACACUCGUCUACUAGUCAGUACCCGAGUGGAUACUUGAAGGAGGAUUCGUCGGUUGGAUUCUCGGCGGCUGCGAUGAGUAGCAGCUUCUACGGCGAGCUGCCCGCUGUUCCGCCUCAGAUCAGUGCCAUGAAGACAUUCCAGGAGGAUGUUGGUAGCAGCAUCCGCCAAAGCAGCGGACCUAUUCCGAUACCCAGUGAUUACGCGUCGAAGAUAUUCACGGUAGAAAAGGAGUACGCAGGUGGAUAUGAAGAGAAACCGGACCCGAAGAGGUACGUCGACGAGGCGGAUCUGGAUUUUGAGAAAGCCCUGAUGGAACAUAGGGAGAUGAAAGAAGCGACCGAGUCGCUGGGUAGAGGACUGUCGCCGAGAUACACGAACGGCAGUGCCCGAAGAGACGUCAAGGACGACGCCGCGGAUGAGAGUGGCGAGGAUGCGAAACCAGACUCGAAGAAGGACCCGUUGGAGGGUUGGGGGACACCGUUGGGUCUUCCGUCUCCUAAACCGCCGCAAAAGUUCAACUUGAUGAAGACCCCGGUGCCAGCUGCGACAUCGAACGAACUUGGAACGACGACCGACGACGACGCUUCGCGAAACUUCGACGCCACCGUCGACUGGGGAGAACCCCUCAGGUUACCUUCUCCGACACCUGUGAGCAAUGAGAUCUCGAACAAAGGCACUCCGAGCACGCCCAAGAAGGAGAAGAAGCAAGCGAGGAAGGUCUUGUCCGAGAAUCUGAAGAAUAAAAAGCGCUCGGAGAGCCCGGGAAAGAACGAUAAGAAGAUGAAAGACUCGAAGAAUAAAGUUCAACCGGUGUACGUGGAUUUGACGUACGUGCCUCAUCAUGGGAACUCUUAUUACACGUCGUUGGACUUCUUCAAGAGAGUACGCGCGAGAUACUACGUGUUCAGCGGCACCGAGCCCAGCCGAGAGGUGUACGACGCUUUGCUGGAAGCUAAGAAGACUUGGGAAGACAAGGAUCUCGAGGUGACCAUAAUACCAACUUACGACACGGACACUUUGGGUUACUGGGUGGCCGACAACGAAGAGGCCCUCGCCGCGAACCAUAUCGACCUCUCGCCCUCGGCAUCCAGAUGUACGAUCAACCUUCAGGACCACGAGACUAGCUGCAGUGCCUACAGACUCGAAUUCUAGGGAUUGGCAGCCUGCUCAGCCGUAAUAGUCGAGUUCUGAGCGGUGUCCAGAAAAUACACCAUCGCUUCGUUUCUGGACUCGUUUCCAUGAAAAAAAUCGAGGCGACGCGCCGCGAAACGUCGUAACCCGCCGUCCCUACUAGCGGCUCCUAGAACUUUGACAAAUUCUAAACGGAGGCUACGUCGAUUUGAUUCGGAGGCAGCGCGAUCUGUAAAGUUUCGUCGUUUAUCCCGGCCGGAAGAGUUCGCUCUUAAUUUCACCGCACCCGUUCUAUCCAGAUUCGUCUCUCGAGAGUUACGUCGACCUAUAUCGAGAGUUAACCGCGACCUGUAUCGCAGUAUUCCUCCUUCGACUUACCGUUGUCCCACCUCCUCCAUCCAAGGACGACGGUAAACAGAAAACCCAAGACUACCCUUCUUCCCGCCCGGAUACAAUCCACGAGCUUGCUUCCGAGUAAAGUCAAUCUAGCCUCCGGUCUGUAUCGUUUUACUAAUUUCGAACGACAUUUACCUGGGAAGAAACAGAGUACUGGUUACUGCCAGAGCAAAGAGAGCC